AUGGCAGACUCCAAUCUCAAGCCCUUUAGCAUCAACAACAUUAAGUCAUUUGUUCCCUUGAUUCUUGACCUGAAUCAACUGAACUAUGACUACUGGAGAGUCCUGUUUGAGACCCACUGUAGAGCUUAUGGAGUUUAUGGUCACCUUGAUUGCUCCUCCCGUCCGAAGGAUGCCAAGGACGAGCCAUGGCACAAUCUUGACAUUCUCGUUGCCAUGUGGAUCUAUGUCACUCUCACUCAGCCUCUUCUCACCAUGGUGCUCAAAAGUGGUUACAAGGCUCGAGACGUCUGGAAAGCACUUGAAGACCUUUUCCGAGACAACAAAGAUGCAUGUGCUAUAGAACUGGAGAAUGAACUGCGCUCUAUGCUACUUGGGGACCGAACCAUUGUUGACUACUGUCAGAAACUCAAUGUUGUUGCUGAACUUUUAGCAAACAUCGAGUCUCCUGUCCCCGAGAAGACCUUGGUCGUGCAUCUCCUCAAUGGCUUGGGUCCAAAGUUUGACAACAUUUCCACUGUUAUUCGCCAUCGUGAGCCACUUCCCAACUUCCUUCAAGCCUGCUCCAUGCUUGUUCUUGAAGAACAACGGUUUGAUCGGACUCAUCCUUUGCAUGCUGCCCACUCGGAUCAUUCUUCAUCUUCUCAGGUUCUCCAUAUUGCAACUGAUGGGUCUCAAUCUCAGCCCUGGGGAACCUUACCCAUGCCCCAAAUCGCAACAACCACAACCGAGGACCACCACGCGACAAUCGUCGCAACAAUAGUCGCGACAGCCGUCGCCAGCAGCCCCCGGCUAGAUGUCAACAACAGCAGCAACAGCGUCCUCAACAGUCGCUUCCUUGUUAACGAAAUCUUGAAAGGCUGGUCGGAGACCAAACCAAUUCGUGAUUUCUAUUUUUAG